AUGUCGCCGAUUAACCCCAUCCUCCCUGGCUUCUCGCCUGAUCCAUCCAUCGUCAAGUUGGAUGAGUGGUAUUUCCUUGUCAAUUCCACGUUUCACAUGUUUCCUGGUAUUCCCGUUUAUGCCUCUAAAGAUCUCUUAUCGUGGAAACAGAUUGGAAAUGUCAUCUCAAGACCGGGACAGAUUAGUUUGGCCAAGUCGCCUACAGAAGUCAACCCUCUUCCAGAUGUCGGCGAAGUAAUGCUCGCCACUGGAGGUCUCUUUGCGCCUACCAUUCGCUACAAAGAUGGCACAUUCUACGUCGUCUGCACCAAUGUCGUGCGAACCCUUGGCGAAACAGAUGUUCUGGAGAAUUUUAUCUCUUCAACCAAAGAUAUCUGGUCAGGCCAAUGGAGCGACCUCGUCAAAUUCGAGUUUGACGGUAUUGACCCUAGUAUUCUUUUCGACGAUGAUGGCAAGACGUACAUCCAGGGAUCUAAAUCUCCAGGCCCAAUGACCAAGAUCGCUCAAAUUGAAGUUGAUCUUGAAACAGGUCGUGCGCUGUCGGAAGAGAAGAUUCUUUGGGAGGGUACCGGUGGUGUAUACCCUGAAGGGCCUCACAUUUACAAACGAAACGGAUGGUACUGCCUCAUGAUUUCUGAGGGUGGAACUCACGAAGACCAUAUGAUCACCAUGGCCCGAUCGCGUAAUGUCUGGGGUCCUUAUGAGCCGUGCCCCAACAACCCGAUCUUGGUACCAGCGAGCAGCGAUAUGUACAUCCGCCACACAGGACACUGCGAUGUUUUCGAGGACGAGAAGGGACAGUGGUGGGGAGUCUGUCUUGGUGCAAGACGUGACAAGGAAGGACGAUACAAUAUGGGACGAGAGUCGCAUCUUACUAUUGCCCAAUGGACGGACGAUGACUGGCUUAAACUCGACUCUGUUCCAGCGACGAUUGAUACAUCACGACUCGCUCAGACAAAUGCAGUACAGAGUCUGACAGCCGUGGAAGGUGUAGAUUAUCUCUACAUCAGAGACGUGGACUUGAAUAAUUACAAUAUUGAGGGAUCUAAAAUCAGUCUAACCGCUUCCACGAUCGAUCUCUCGCAUACUCACGAAUCGCCUACAUUCGUAGGUAAACGCCAACGCGUCCUCGACGGCCAAAGCAGUGCAACAUUCAAGAUCGACCAAUCAAGCCCCAUCAAAUUCGGCCUCGCAUCAUACAAAGACGAGCACCGAUACGUCCGGGUCUUUUACUACCCCUCCGAUAAGACAGUGACUUACGAAGCCAUUAACAACGCCAAGAGCAUCAAAAAGACAUCCACCCAUUCCGUAAGCGAAGAUGCAAGCAGUAUUCGCUUCCGAAUUGAGUACACUGAGAAGAAAUAUACUUUAUCUUAUGCAGUUGACAGCAAGGAGUGGCAAUCUGUUGCGACGCUGGAUUUGAUCGACAUGACAGGUCCCGACUUUGUAGGCCCUGUGAUCGGCAUUUUUGCGUUGGGUGAUGGAGGGAACGUGGAAGUGACUGAUCUGAAAGUGGAGUAG